CUUCUUCCAUGUUGUUAAUUGAAAGAGAAGGGAAUUCUGUUAAUGGCAGAGGCUAGCUAACUAAGAAUUUCAGUGCAUACUGAUCUGAUAAUUUAAUACAAUCUCAAACUUAUCCAAGGAAUCUUAGAGUGACUGACAAGUAAGAGAAACUCAAAGUAAAGUAAGAAUUAUCUGUAGGAGUGAAGGAGUUAACUGAGUGUGUAAACUUUAUCUUUUGUCCCAUGGACUUGUGGUUUGCUUAUGGAAGCCUCAGUAAAUGAUUGUUAGAGACCUGUCAUUAUUAGUUGUUGCUAUUUGCUGCUUCAAAAGCCUAGUGAUUUCCUUGCAAAGCAGGCAGCAUCUUCUUUUCUUUCCUCAUUUUAGAUCUACUCUGCCUACCAAAGGAUCUAUCAGCUCAACAACCAUGAACGGUGGUGACUACAGCAACAUCCACGACACAAUCCAAAAAGAGAGGAUGUAUGAGGUCCCAGACCGACCAGAAGAAAAUGAAGGUCCUUUUUAUGAUGAGGUCCAUGAAGACCUAGGACCAGAAAAGCGUCUGCAUGCCACAAGGCUGGGAGCCCUUGGGAAUGAUCCAGUGUCAGUCCAUGUCAUUGGGAGCGAAGACCACAACUUCACCUCUCCCCAGGUAAAAGCAAAAGGCUACCUAAAGCCUGAUGCGGUGGUGAUGGUCCCAUAUUCUCAUUCAGGUGAGCCCCAGGACGGCAGGGACAUCACAAUGGAAGAACCACAUUUGCCAGCCUGGGACCAGGUACGCUACCCAGAGGAGCCAUGGGCGAAUGGAAUACUGAUGAAGGAAGACCUGGCUUCCCCCUCAAACUUCUCCAUCCAGCACAGCAGGGCUUUCUCCACGAGCAAGGGGCCCUCUGCCUACUAUGCUGAUGCCAACAGUUUGAAAGAAGAUGAAGCAACUUCCACGGAUCCCGAGAUCUAUCUUUUUGUGAAGGCUGGAAUUGACGGGGAGAGCAUUGGCAACUGUCCCUUCUCUCAGCGUCUCUUUAUGAUCCUUUGGCUGAAAGGAGUCGUGUUCAACGUCACCACUGUGGACCUGAAAAGAAAGCCAGCUGACCUGCACAACCUCGCCCCUGGGACCCAUCCGCCCUUCCUGACCUUCAACGGGGAUGUGAAGACAGAUGUUAACAAGAUCGAGGAGUUCCUGGAGGAGACCUUAACCCCUGAGAAGUACCCUAGGCUGGCUGCAAAACACCGGGAAUCCAACACAGCAGGCAUUGACAUUUUCUCCAAGUUCUCUGCCUACAUCAAAAACACCAAGCAGCAGAACAAUGCUGCCCUCGAGAGAGGCCUGACCAAAGCUCUGAAGAAACUGGAUGACUACCUGAACACACCUCUGCCAGAGGAGAUCGAUGCCAACAUGCAUGGGGAGGAAGACAAGGGGUCCCGACGCAAGUUCCUAGAUGGAGACGAGCUGACCCUGGCUGACUGCAAUCUGCUGCCCAAACUCCAUGUGGUCAAGAUUGUGGCCAAGAAAUACCGCAACUAUGACCUCCCAGCUGAGAUGACAGGCCUGUGGCGGUACCUGAAAAAUGCCUACGCCCGGGACGAAUUCACCAACACCUGUGCAGCUGACGCUGAGAUUGAGCUGGCCUAUGCAGAUGUCGCCAAGCGCCUCAGCCGAUCCUGAACACCACCCAGCUCUGUCCCUGCUGCAGAAGAACUCAACUGCCCCCAAAGGACUCCAGCUCCAAGGACCCGCUUCCUCAUUGCCUCAGAAAACCUUGUAUUUUUCUCUUUGCAUCAGGCUUCACCUUGCUGACCUCACCCAUACUCCAGCACAUGAUCUUUUAAGAAGCUCAGCACCCACCCAUCCCUUGCCUUACCAUUCAGGGGUCUGGCAAGCAGAAAGGACAGGAGCUGGCAGCUACUAAACCUGCUGGUUUAAUUUGGGUUUGCUGUACUGGGGUGCAGUGUUAGAGAGCCCACGUAUGGGAUUGUCACUAUCCCCUUCUGCCAAUAUCAAAAUAUCAUCUCAGAUGCUUUAGAAAUGUGCAACACCAGCUCCUCUGCCACCCUCCUCUUUGUCGGUCAUUGUAUGGCCAAGGACAAUUGUCCUCUUAGUUCUUAUUAGAAAAAAGAUCCCUGCCUUAUUAAAGAAGACAGAGUGAAUGAAGGACUGAGUUGGCUGAUUGGGAAUGUCCAGGAAGCAUAUCUUCAGCCACUCCUUGCUUCUGCUACUCCUGUCAUUGGGCACUGAAGCUGAGAUUGGCACCCUGUCUACUUGCUGGACUGCUGAGAAAGCUGAAAUGCUGUUAUGUACCUGGCCAAUGCUGACCUUGGCGUUUAUGCUGAUUGGGCCAUGCCAGAAUAUAAAUAGACAGGCAGUUCUAACCUGGGGUGACUGGGAAGGGGAGAUGAGGGGAGCAAUGUUGAUGCCAAAAGGCCCACAGGGUCUAUCAGCCAUGGAGUUUGCUUGUUUAGGGGUAGUGUGAUUGGGGAUUAUACCCCUGAGUUUGACUGUGUGUGUUCAUGAGUGGUUUCUAGUCUAGGAGAAAGCAGGUAGGGGGUGAGGAGAAGGAUGGGUAAAGACAAACGAUUUCUUCAUGAAAUUUCUUGUUCCCCAGUAAGCUUACAGAUAGUUCUUUUCUUUCAUGAUCUAACUAAAUCUUGGACCAAUGGUAUGAUUUAACUACCAGUCUUACUACAAAAACUCAAUAAUUGGCCAAAAAUAUCCUCUCAAUGUCUCAUAGUUGCUUCUGGAUAUGAGUCGGCCAGUUGGGUACUCUCAGGGCUUCCCCUGGCUCUGAUCCAGCUGCAGACAUUGAUGGCAGAGACACAGUAGGCAAAUGGCACAGUCAUGGCACACCUGAGGAAGAAAGUCCAGGGGACUAUCUGACUGGGAAACCAUGUGGUAAAAGAAACCAUUUACCCAUCUGGAUUAAUUUUCCUACUAGUAGAUUCAACUGCCAGAUUGAAAAAAAAAUUUUGUGUUAGCUAAUAUUUCACUCAUUCAUCAUUCUCCUUGACUCAACUCCUUACAAACUCUCCUGGCCUUAUCAUGGGACAUGUGAAGAGGAAAAUAAGAAAAAUGAACCAAUCUUCGACUCCCUCUCCUGGUGAACGCCCUGUGAGGAAAGCCAUCCAUGCCAGGGCCCCACCUGCAAAAAUUCUCCCUUCUGUGUUGCUUCAUGCGUGGUAGAGGGGAAGGUUCCCAAGUGCCGGAAAGGCCCUGGACUUGGCUCAUUUCUCAGCGAGGGCAGGGUAGCACGGGUCCUUUCCAUAGAAACAUCAACAAACUAACUCAAGCAAUGCCUGGACCCACCUGCCUCCAGGGAUCUCUGAAGGAAAUAAGUGAUCCAUUGAUCAAACCAGAGGACAGGAAGCAGGAGGUCUCCUUCAACCCACUGAGGAAGGGAAAUUUCUCAGUAGGGCAUUUUAUGAGCCCUAGAGAGAGCUUUGAAAGGGCAGAAUGAGUUGAUUCAUUUCCCCAACUAAAGGAAUCUUUCCACAGUCUCCCUGGAAACUUGGCCCUUGGGGAAUCUUAACAAGGAGACCUGGUGAGGCAACAGUCGUUUCACUGUAGGGAAAAGCUCCAACCAGCCCCUGAGAAUGCAGGUCGGAAUGAUUCCGACUGCCUUUUGGCCUUUCCAUUUGUGUGGAGUCACAUGCUUCACUCAGAAAUCUUCCCAUGCCAUCAGGCCCAUGACAGAGGACCUGAGAAGCAGCUGACAUGUUUGAGAUCCACAAGUGGGUUGUUUUUGAAGCUCAUAUGUGAAGCACAGCUCACAGAAUGAAGAUCCCUGCAGGAUAGCGCUAUCCCAGAGGAGAGUCCAAGUCCUCAGGGCUCUGCCUUGACAAUCAAAAUCCAGCUCUUGGUGAGUCCCAAAGCAGACUAGAUCUAAUCAUUACAGUUGUUUCCAGAUGUCCUUUCUGGAGUUGAGCUAGUUUGGCAUGAAUAACACUAUUAAGGCACAGGGUAGGGGUGUUACAUGAUCAGUCAUAACCAUUUAAAAGAGGGAGAGGAAUAAAAGGAAGAUGUUUCUGUGUAAAUCAUCUAAGGCAACAGACUAUUAGAGUUAUGUUGUUUCAUGACCAGAUUUAUCACAGCUUAUUAAAAGAAUAUUAAUACCUUCAACUUAUUUUUUUUCUUUUCAGAAGAGAUUCCCACUCCCCCCUCCCCCACAAGAUCUUUCAGUCUUGCUUGGCUUUGGCCAUCACUGUGUUGUGUGCACAGUGCAACAUUUCCCAGAAACUGUGAUGAGGUCCUUAGUUGUCCCAAGAACCAAAUCAGGAAGUAUUGAAGGAUUUGCAGCAUGGGUCCCAGGUGAAUUCUGAUUCCAGUAUUUGUUUGUCUUGAGCUCCUGGUUUCUUUUGUAAUUAUUUCUCCCCUUUGGCGUCCAUCACUAUUUUUUGUGAAAUGAGGUAGUGUGAGACAACGGCAGAAACAAGAAUCAAGCUCAGAAUUGUAGAAUUGAACUCACUCAUCUCUUCAGGACUGCGUACUACUUAGAUUAGCCCAGAGCUAAAAUGUUAACUACAGAAGAUGAACUGGGUGAGUAAAGUCACAGCUGAUCCAAAGCAAAAUCCAUCUCCUGACAAAGGAAGUCAAAUACCAAAUGAAGUUAGAAUCACAGUUACAAGUAGGGCUAUCUUCUUGUAAAACAAGGGCUACACAGCUCCCUAGUACCAGAUGAAGUGAAAUCUGGGAAAUACAGCCUGAUUUGGCCUCAAGGUACCAAACUAGCAUCCCUUUCCAAGAAAAUGGCACUGUCCUCAGUGUCCCCUUCUUGUGCUAGAUGUGAAAGCACAAAAAAGACCUCACCAGGAAUGAGACUGCCUGGGCUACAUUUGGGCACUUGUCCAGUGAAAUAGCAGAAGCUCUUCACGGCCCAUAAACCUGGUGACCACUGCAAGGACAAACAUCGCCAUUGUCUUGAAUCAUCACAAGAUGGAUCACACCUACAGUUGUCCUUGACUGCUUAGGAGAGUCCCAGGAAUCAGAAAAGCUUGGACAAAUAGCAAUGACAGAAAGUGUUGGGCAUCCCUCAUCUGUGUCUGAAACAAAACUGUUCUGGAGACGGUGGGCAUCCACCAUGUCCUCCAGCAAUUUCCCUUCACUCCCAUAAACCAGGAGCCAUCCCAGUUGUCCAACUCUCCUCUUUGGAAAGAGAGAAAACAUCAGCUCACAAUUAUAACCAAGGUCAAAGAUUCCCAAGGGACUGCUUCCUAUUUUACAUGAAGGUAAGAAGACUCUUAAGAGAAUAUUGGAGAAAUAAGUAUGUACCUGGAACUCUCCAAUCCUAAAGAGGAGGACUCAAGUGACAACAUCUUGACUUCGGGAGCUGCUGCACACAGACCUGUAACCUGCCCCUUGCUUCACCACUGAAAUCUAUCACGUGUCCCCUUAGGCACACACAUUUUUCUUUGACUGAGUUAGUCUCAGAAGACUUCCAUCUCAAGGUUUCAGAGUGUAUUUAAUGCCAUUUAAAGAAAUAGAUCCAACCUUCUCACUAACCAAAGAUUAAUACAAUAUUUCAAUAUUUCCCCCAUUUUCUUUUUAUCCUUCUUUCUUAUUUUUAAUUUUAUUAUACAAGUCCAUAGGCUCUGGGAGUUCUCUCAGUCCCUCCCCAAGUCCUCUCCCUGCUAACUGAUUUCCACCAUAUUAUUACAAUAGUAUAGUCCUACAUAAACAGUCAUAACUCCAUCAUCCUGCUAUUUAAGUGCAUCCUGACAUUGCAGGUACAGACAGUGUCAAACAGUUCAGCAUUCUAUUGUAGGAUAUUUCUAUAAAAACAAUUUGAGUUUCGGGAAAGCGUAGUUUUAAGGAUACAAUCAUCUGAGAUAUUUUGUGCACGGUUAGAGAUUUCACAAUAUUGACUAUGCAUAUAUUUAACAUAUAACAUACCCAACUGAUAUUUGAAUUGAUCUUACCUUCUUAACUGCUUGGUUGUCUUAUUUUAUAAGCCAGAGAGUUCAUUAAUCUAGCUAAUGAUGUCCAGCUUUUAUAAAAGAACAAGCACUUCAUGAUGGCUACUUGAGUUUCUUGAGACCUUUAACUGUGCUGAUAAAAUAACAGUACUUGCUUUCCAGCCUUAAUAAAUAUAAAAGGCCUUUUAAUGAAGAUGUAACUGAGUGCUUUCCCCAUAAAUCUGAACCAGAUUGUUACCAGUCUUGAUUGGUUUUGACUGAUUCAAAUAAAGUUGCUUUAUUUUCAAUUACUAUAAAAGUGA